CGGAAAAUCAAUCAACAGGGUUUGGGUGUUUGGUUUCGCAAUACUCACUUCUGUCUUUCUUUCGAGAAAUCACGCAAAACCGCCUUUAUCUUUGUCUCGUUGGCUACAUAUCCAGAGAUGCCCCCAGUACGGACCUCGCGCAAUCGCAAACCGCCCCCGGCAGGCUUCGAUGAUAUAGAGGAUACACUGCUGGAGUUCAGCAAUAAGAUGAAAGAUGCGGAGAAUGCAUCGCAUGACGGGAAGAAGAAGCACGAGAUGCUGUGGCCCAUAUUUCAAAUCAGCCACCAGAGGUCGAGAUACGUAUAUGACUUGUAUUACGAAAAAGAAGCCAUAUCAAAACAGCUGUACGAAUGGCUUUUGAAGAACAACUAUGCGGACGCCAACUUGAUCGCGAAAUGGAAGAAGCAAGGCUACGAAAAGUUAUGCUGCCUCCGGUGCAUCCAGACGAAGGAAACGAAUUUCAAUGCAACUUGCAUCUGUCGCGUACCUAAGGCGCAGCUCAAAGAAGAUCAAACAAUUCAAUGUGUUAGCUGUGGGUGUCGCGGUUGUGCUAGCAGCGACUAGCCUCAUCUCGAAAGCAAAAUUUCUUUUUCUGUAUUUUAGCGUAUCCGGGUUUCGUUAAGUCAGUUGAGAGGCACAGGUCAUGCAGGUUAGACCUUUCUUUGGUACGGCGUUAGGUUAGGAAUUGUGACCACAGACAUCUUUUCCUUCCGUGUACUGUUUCCUCGUUCGCUGCCUUUCGAACAUCUUUUCCGUUUCUGCUUGCU